AUGGACCACCUCGGGCUGUUGGGAGCGCACCUGCAGCAGCACACGCACGUGGAGCCCAUCAGCUUCGGCAUCGACCAGAUCCUCAGCACGGUGGAGCAGAGCUGCAUGCUGGCCCAGAGGAUGCCGGAACCGGACUACCACUCGGCCUACAGCGGCGGCGGGUUCGCCUGCGCCAACAGCGGAUACAACGGCGGCAGCGGCGGGCCCUGCGGGGUCCAGGGCCUCGGUGGGACCUAUCACAUGAACGUGGGCGUGAAUAUGAACGGGGCCAACGUGAACUCUCCCGGUGUCAUCCGAGUCCCUGCCCACAGACCCCUGAGCGGUGGGAGUCCAGGUGGACACCCGAGCGGAACCAGUCUGAGCACUCUGACCUUCCCGUGGAUGGAGAGUAACAGACGGUAUACCAAAGACCGCUUCACCGGUCACCCCUACCAGAACCGGACCCCGCCGAAGAAAAAGAAGCCCCGGACCUCGUUCACUCGUCUGCAGAUCUGCGAGCUGGAGAAACGUUUCCACCGACAGAAGUACCUGGCGUCCGCCGAGCGGGCCGCGCUGGCCAAGGCCCUGAAGAUGACCGACGCUCAGGUCAAGACCUGGUUCCAGAACCGACGCACAAAGUGGAGGCGCCAGACGGCGGAGGAGCGCGAGGCGGAGCGGCAGCAGGCGAACCGGAUCCUCAUGCAGCUGCAGCAAGAGGCCUUCCAGAAGUCCAUCAACCAGCCGGUGACUCCGGACCCGCUGUGCCUGCAGAACAGCUCCCUGUUCGCCCUGCAGAACAUGCAGCCGUGGACCGAGAACACCGCCAAGAUCAGCAGCGUGUCCGCGUGCGAGUAG